UAUAAAACUCGAGAUACGAGGUAGCUCGUGCAGCAGUCGAGCAGGAACGAUGAGGAUCUCUUUACCGAUCGUCUGGACGAUCUUGGCUAUCGAGGCCAGCAGCUCCAUUCAAGAAGGAUGCGAGUUGUCGUUGGAGUACCGCACCGGCGACCUGCGCGAACCGCAACCACUGAUCCUGGCCGACACCGCCUUAGACGAGCAGCCGGCCUUCCUACUGCCCAACGCGAAAAAACGCCUCGUGAUCCCGAAAAACGCGAGCAUCGUGCUCUCGUGCCCGGGAAGCAAAAACGGCCUGCUCAACUUCACGGAGCCGCGCCGAUCCGCGCGCGCGACGUGCCUCAAGGGCAAGCACUUCCUCGUGACGAAUGGCCGUGGACUCGAGGUGCGCGAGUUCAGCGAGUUCAGGUGCAAAACGGGGGCGAGGGACACGGUGCGCAAGAGCCAAGCCACGUGCCUCGACAACCAACACCAGAUGUACGAGAUUGGCUUCGAGCUCCGGAGGGGCGUCUUCCUCAAGCUCCUCGACAUCUGCCGGGACGACAGCAGGUACGCAACGCGCUACGUCAAGUCGCGACUACCCCGGGAGAUCCUCGGCCACCAGAGCAGCUAUCCCCGGCCCUACUGGAAGUACGGGCCGUACUACGGGUCGUACGACAUGCGCAGGAUAUACCGGAUCGAGUCGCAGCUCGGCUCGCUCGAGGCCCAGUUGGGCUCGGCCGAGCUCGCCCGCGACUACAUACGCCCCGGCGCGCAGUUCCUCAACCGGGGCCACUUGGCGGCCAAGGCCGACUUUGUCUACGGUAGCCAGCAAUCGGCCACCUUCUGGCUCCUCAACACCGCGCCCCAGUGGUCCAACUUCAACGCGGGCAAUUGGCUGCGCAUUGAGGAGGCGGUUAAGAAGUACGUGGCCGAGCGGGGCGUGGGGCUCGACGUUUACACGGGUGUUCACGGGGCGGCGAGGCUGCCCGGCCCAACGACCGGCCCCGUCCUCUACUUGCACGCUAACGGGACCACGGGGGCGAGGGAGUUCCCGGUGCCGAGGUACUUUUGGAAGGUCAUCCACGACGUGGGGGCCAACCGAGCCCUGGCUUUUGUCGGGCUGAACGAGCCUUACGCCGCCAACGUCACCCGGGACAUGUACCUGUGCCCGGACAUCGGGGACGAGGCUAGCGACAGGUGGAUCGGUUGGCAGCCGAGGGUUCUCGCGAGGGGUUUGGCUUAUCUGUGCUCGGUGGAGGCUUUGCGGCUGGCGGUGCCGGCCGUGCCCCAGUUGGGGGAAGCCGGUGUGUUGAGCCUCGUUGAUGCAUCAGGCUACUGAUGAUGCAGUUCUCGGACAUCGU